GUGGAUGCCUUACACAAGGGCUUCCAUUUCCGGUGUUUGGAGUUGGACAUGGCCUUCAUGCAAGUGUGCUCUGAAAAGCUGAAGAUGCUGCGGAGCUGCUUCCCAACGACGCUGCAGGAGCUCAAGCUGGACCUGAGGGAGGUGGAGAUUCGAAACGAGGAGAUCAUCGCCCUGGCCGCGGGGCUUCCCCGCGACCUGGAG